CCUGGGAAAUCGCGUCCGUUUUCUCGACGAGACUUGGCGAGCUUUCUACGGCGCAUGUCGCGCAAUGGAGACCUCCUUAGUGCAGCUCAUAGGCACAUCGAAACCACCAAGUACUUGGAAGCUGAUACAAGGAGUUCGCGUGCGUCCAUCCGCAGUCGUGAUCUCCUGCCUGGGGGCCAGUCACCCCUCGCCCGCGGUUGGCGGAGAUUAGGUCAGCCCAAGCCGCCCAUUCCCUGGCCGAAGCACCUACUGGCGCGAGCAGAGGCUCGGGUGAUGGAGCCGCCCCUGGAUCCCAUGAUGUGCCAGGAGCAGACAGCCAUCGCCCGCACCUUCAACGAUGAGCGCUUCCAGGAAUGGGAAGAGCGCCGGGCCAGAAAGCAGGUUGAAGAGCAGAAGCAGCUGGGGCUGGCUGUAGAGCUGGCGCAGGCCUCGGUCUUCGAUCAAGAGGCCCCGCUGCUGCUGCGCCUGCAGAAGAUGCUGGGCCGAGCGCGCAGCAGUAGCCGGAGCCGCAGCCGAGGCGCUACCAGCACGUCUGACGGGGAGAGCGAGGCGAGCGGCUCAGGUAGUUCCACUUCAGAGGAGUGUGAGGACUUGGAGGAGGAGAUCCGCCGGGCCCGUUUGGAGCUCGCGAGCCGGGACACUGCUAAGGCGGCUGCUCAGCCACCGGAGCCAGCGAGGUCCAUGGAGGAUCACAUUAAAUGGCUCGCGGAAAGCCGCGCGAAGCUGCAAGAGAAGCUGAAAGCGCACACGGAGGAGGAGCUGGCAGAAGCGGUCGACAACGACUGCGACAUUCCGGAGCCCGAGGGAGCCCCCGCUUUGCUGUAAAGCAGCAAAUUCGCAAAGCGAUUCUCAAGGAACAAGUUCAUGGCAGA